AAACUCUAAUGAUACCCCUCUCCACCCACAAAAUCCCAAUACAAAUACCACCCAGCAAAUAGAUAGCCCUCCCGAGAGGGCAGAGCAGCAGCAAGCGCCAAAAGCAGCUGCCGAUUCCACUGCGGUGCCUGCCUCCUGCCUGCUGCUGCCGCAACACAGCCCAGCCAGCAGGAGAGCGAUCGAGGAGAGAGGGCGGCGGCGGCAGCAGCUCGGUAGCUUGUUCGCUCAUGCAGGGCGCGUACCGCUCUUCCAGCGAGGAGUCGGCGGCGUCGCCUGCGGCUGCGGCGGCGGCGGCGGCAGCGGCAGCCAUGGCCCCGCUGGCGGCGGCCGCGGCGGCCGCGGUGAAGAUGGAGGAGCAGGCGGCGGCGGCGGCGGCGAUGGCGGCCGGCACGCAGGCGCCGGCGCCGCUCCAGCAGAUGCAGCCGCGGCGGCAGUACCGCGGCGUGCGCAUGCGCAAGUGGGGCAAGUGGGUGGCGGAGAUCCGGGAGCCGCACAAGCGCACGCGCAUUUGGCUGGGCUCCUACGCCACGCCCGUGGCGGCGGCGCGCGCCUACGACACGGCCGUGUUCUACCUGCGCGGUCGGUCGGCGCGGCUCAACUUCCCCGACGAGAUCCCCGCGCUGGCGCUCGCGGAGGGCGGCGGGGAGCCCGCGCGCGGCGGCGACGCCGACGGCGGCACGCUGUCCGCGGCGUCGAUCCGGAAGAAGGCCAUCGAGGUGGGGUCGCGCGUGGACGCGCUGCAGACCGGCAUGAUGGUCGCGCCGCCGCACCACCGCGAGCGGCAGAGGCACCACCACCACCACGGCCUUCCGCAGCUGCAGCUGCACGCCGAGGAAGAGCAGCGCCAGCAGGAGCAGAAGCAGCAGCGCGCCGCCUGGAGCGGGCGCGCCAAGAACCCGGAUCUCAACCGGGCGCCGAGCCCCGAGAGCUCGGACGCCGAGUGAAGCGGCAGGGCAGGCAGGCAGGCGCGCGAGCAACCACCGCAAGACUCGACUCAACUCAACCACGACGCUGUUCAUCCCGCCCCGCGACACGCCAUCAAGGGUAGGUCUCCGUCUCCGUCCUCCGUGGCGGCGGGCGGGUGGUCGGUGGCGCCGGCGGGGGGACGGAAGGGUUUUCGAUCGGUACGUUGUGGAUAAGCACGAGGCAGCUGGCUUGGGCAGCGUGGGGGGAGGAGAGGAGGGCGGCGACGGAGGCGGCCGGCCACAAGUGGCGGUCUUUUCGAUCGAACGUCAGAAAGGACAGAUGUAACAGUGAUAACAAAAACAAGUCAUCAUCCAUCCAUCGUCUCUCUCACGGAGCAUCUCUCCUAUCUUCUCUUGUGUUUCGUCCAAGUAGAUAAGCUAAGCGCCUAAGCCGCCGCGAUUCAUUAGCACUCCACUAGGGUGAUUAAACAAGGAUUAAUCAAGCCGGAUCGGGCCGGGCCUCCCUCGCAUUUCUUAA